UUGCGUCGAAUAGAGUGGAUUCGCCAAUGAAGGCAGACAAGGGCUGGGAUUCAGCCAAUCCUUACAUUCAUUGUGCUGCCAGCGUCCUAUCAGGUUAGGUAAGGCAAGAGCUGCAGCCAAUGAACGGCACAAGCUCUCGGCAGGCUGCGCCCGUGGCUGCUGGCUGUAUUGCCGGAGUUUGGCGAGAUCCCAGGAGUUGCACCUAGUAGUUCGUGGGAACACGGCUUCUCGUCUGUUUAGCGAGGUGCUGCAUUAGUGAAAUCGGCGGUAGUUAAAGACGGAAAUUGUCUUUAUUGCUUGUUUGUAUCCGAGGCACUUGCAUCAGGUGCAACUUCAGACUGGCGACCAGCUGUCACGACACCCUUCAGACUGGUCGAAAAACACCAUCGUGAGGAAAAACUUCCUGACAACCUCGCUCGGCGGCGUUUGCUUGCUCGCCUCUUGUUUUCAACCGUUCAAUCAGAGUCAGUGACGUGUGCAAGCCUGCUUGUCUCCAAGUCAGGUCUACGUUUCGUUGGAUGCCCAGAAACCAUCAGUGUGAUUUCUGAAACAUGCUGGAGCUCUCCUGAGUCGAGACGCGGAGGAAUUGCAAAGAUCCCGGGAGCUCCGAGAGAGCAACCGCAGUCGCUAGAUUUAGGAAAAGUGGAACCUUGCAGAUGUAGAAGAGAUGGAGUUAAGUGAACAUGAAGUGCCAAUAUAUGGGCAGCAGUCAAUAUUAGCAGUGUUUGAAGAGACUUGUCUCUUACCUGAAAGCACAGAAUUAUACUUCAUUUAUGAGGGUUCCUGCCAGAUGCAUGUCACUGUGGCUCAGAGGCUGGAUGCGAGGACGCUGAAGUCAGUAAUUCCAGGCCAUGACAUUUUGGAAAGUGUUACAGUUUCUGCCUGCGUGUACACAGAGAGACAGUUGGUAUCUAUCCUUGGGUGCAGUCAGAUAACCUACGUUCAAGAUGUUGCGCACAAGCUAGCUCAGUUUCUCAUUGGAAGUGUUGAUACAAUCACUUGCACUAGUCACUUGACUCUGCUUGAACAAUUUGGCCUCACGAUAGAGGCAAUGCAGUCGUUGGAUGAGAAGGUGACGGCAGCAGUUGAACACUUGGAAUUACUUCCGUCUUGGAAUCUCCUUGGAAACUGGCCGGAACAAGAGCUAAUACCCAGAGAAACCUUGCUACAUGUUUCAGUGAGAUUGGGCCUUUAUAAAUUCUCUGAGUUCCUGUUGUGCAAACCUGGUGGAAUCCAAGCUGUUGUGAUGCCAAAUGAGGAAGGGGAGACACCUGUGGACUUGGCGUUGCAGAACGGGAUGAAGCAUCUUGCUGAAUAUUUCACAGAUCUUCAGAAUUCCCGUGUCACUCCAUCAUCUGGAAUCUCCAAGACUUUUGGUGACAGCUACGUACUACAGAAUUGCCUUAAUGGACCAAAUACUUAUAUAUUGACCAUGGAAAACAACAGAAGGCAAUCCCUUGAGACAGAUAUUCUGCUUCUGCGCAGAUAUGUACAGGAGAAUACAGUGCAUGCUUUUCAGAACAUCGGUAAUACAAAGGCAGUGAUGUUGGACCUCCCUGUUAUGGAAGAGGCUGAUAAUGAAGUAGAAUUAGAUGAAGGAUCUUGUUUUGAAAUGUUUACCUGUGAAGGUGGUCAGUCUUCAGGAAACUUAGACAAGAAGGCCUGCAUUGAGCAUGUUGGCAUGGAGACAGAUCAGACAGUUUCAUUUCUGGAUGAAGCGGAUCAAUGCUUACUGGAUGCAGAGUUCAGCCAUACUUCACAAGAAUUCUUAAAAAAGUCAAGACCACAGCCAUCUACACUUUCAGCAAGGCAUUCUUCCAUGUUAAAUGGCAGAGCAGAAAUUUAUGCCAAUUGUAUGGUUGUUGAUCAGGUAGAUGAGGGUGAUGUAAACUACAAUAUUGAUGGUGCUACUACUGGAAGUACCAGUACUGAAAACAGACAGAGUGGAAAACUAUCUGAAGAGGAUCUCGGUCAGGGUUACAAUACCUCUGCCUCUAAGGAACCCGACAUACCUGCAGUAUUAGAGUCUAAUGUAUGUAGGACAUUUUUAAGUGAAUGCCCUGAAGAUCAAAUAGAUAGUGCCACAAUUCUCAAAGAAGAUCAGGAUAAUUUAGUGGAACAAGUUUCCAAUUUGCCUUCACCUGAUAGUAUUUUCUGCCAGUCACUAGUAGUGUCUCAGAACCAUGGCUAUGCUAAAGCAGAAAGUUCUUCCACAAACAUUAGCAGUAAGCCAAGAUUCAACUUUGAUGGCAUUGAUGCAGACAGUGAAGGAGAGGAGAUUUCAGAUCGAUCUCAGGGCUCAUGUACUCCAAAAUCUCCAAGCUCUGCUGCAUUAUUUGCUAGCAGUGGGGAUGAGCUGGACUCCUUUGAGGCUCAUCAGGAAACUGAGAUGAACAUAAAGGGACUUGAAUCCAUGCCUUCAACAGGCAGCUUAUUGUCCAAGGUGUCUGAAGAUAUUGGAAUUCGAAUGAGAUCAUACUCCCUUUCCUCACCUAAAGUGUCACAAAGCAAACCUAGAAUCAUAAGGGAUUUUAGUUUGAGUGAUUCCACAAUUGAAGAUGGUGUUCUCAGCAGUGGACGAUCCCUUCUUCAGGCGCUCUCCCUGUCUAAGUCAGUCUCUCUGCUACACCACAGUAAACAACGAACCUUCAGUCUACCUGAGCACCCGAAAGAGAAAAGGGAACUUAGUUUUCGCAAGCGGGCACAGUCAGCUGAUGAGGAAGGCUGUUCGGAGCUAGCAGACUCGCUGCAGCAUCUGACAUUAUCGGAGUUUCUUAAAGAAAUUGAAGAAGAAGUGUGGGACAAAUAUAUUAUUCCUUCAAAAGCAGAGACUGAGAAAUAUAAAGUGAGCCGCACAUUCAGUUUCCUCAAGAACAGAAUGACAAGCACCCGAAACAAGGGCAAGGGAAAACAUAAAGAGACCAAGGAAAAAGAGAAAUGGAACAAUGCCCAUCACUUUGUUGUAGGGGUUAUUUCAGGGACAGUGCAUUGCUUGGUUUGUGACAAGUUUGUUGGUGGAAAAGAUGUUCUGCAGUGCUUCAAUUGUUCCAUAAAUGUUCAUAAAAGCUGCAGAGAUUCUGUCCCUAUGUGUACCAAAACAAAGCAUCAGCAGAAACCGCAUGACAAAUAUAACAUGAUUUCCAGAAGCAAACCAGCCCAUUGUGUGCAUUCCAAUUCACUUAAGGAUCCUUCAUCACAAUCUCCGAAUACCAUAUCUUGUUCUUUACCUGUUGGAAUAUCUGCUCUGAAACGAGAUUCUUCACUACAGCAUCAGCCACUGUCAAAAAGUGCUUCUAGUAUCAGUAUAGACAGGAGAAUUGGUGAGUCAAUGGAGUUAGAAGUGGAUGGAUAUGUUUCCAGGAACAGAUCACAGUCUGAAGAAUUAAUUCAAACAAUGGGUUCAUCUCCAUCAACAGAAUCACUUGCGUUAGAUGAUAAUACUGUCUCUGCGAUGCGUGGAAUCCUUGAAUAUGAUGCAGAAGAAUUUAAAGCUGAGUCCUGGAGCCUUGCUGUUGAUCAUUCGUUUAGCAGUAAACAACAGAAAAACAUGAUCAAGAGACAGGAUGUGAUAUAUGAGCUGAUGCAGACAGAGAUGCACCACGUUCAGACCCUGGAGAUAAUGUCAGAAAUUUAUAGGAAGGGCAUGAAGGAGGAGCUGCAAAUAGAUCACAACGUCAUUGACAAAAUAUUUCCCUCUUUGGAUGGGCUAUUAGAAAUUCACAAGCAUUUUUUCUUCUGCUUGAAAGAGAGGCGCCGGGAGUCUUUCGAGGAAAACAGUGAAAGGAACUUUUUUAUUCAUAAAAUUGGUGAUAUCCUUUUACAACAGUUUACAGAUGAGAAUGCCAAUAAGUUGAAGCACUCCUAUGGUGAAUUUUGCAGCCAUCAUAAUGAGGCCGUCAGUUUAUUUAAAGAACUGCAACAACAAAACAAGAAAUUUCAGAACUUUAUCCGACAACAAAGCAACAAUCUACAAGUCCGACGCCUUGGUGUCCCUGAAUGUAUACUAUUAGUUACCCAACGCAUCACCAAAUACCCAGUCCUGCUUGAACGUUUACUACAGUACACAGAAGAAGGGACAGAAGAAAAUGAGGAUGUGGCUAGAUCUCUUGCUAUGAUAAAGGACAUAAUCACAUCAAUAGAUACAAAGGUCAACAAAUAUGAGAAAGAGCAAAAACUACUUGAUAUCUUAAGUAGGUUUGAAAACAAAACAUAUGCCAAGUUGAAGAAUGGCCGUGCAUUCAGGAAGCAAGAUCUGACCAGCCGGGACAGAGAGUUACAGCAUGAAGGUUCAAUGUAUUGGAAAACAGCCACAGGACGAUUGAAAGAUAUCACUGCUCUGCUCCUUACCGAUGUGCUGAUUUUCCUGCAGGAUAAAGACCAAAAGUAUACGUUUGCCACUGUGGACCAGAAGCCUGCAGUUAUCUUACUGCAGAAAUUAAUUGUCCGUGAAGUUGCAAAUGAGGAACGAGGAAUGUUCUUGAUCAGUGCUUCAUCUGCUGGACCGGAAAUGUAUGAAAUGCACACGAACUCAAAGGAGGACAGGAAUAACUGGAUGAGACUGAUCAGGAUGGCAGUAGAGAGUUGCCCCGAGGAAGAGGAAGAGCGGCUAAGUGAAUACGAAGAGGACAAGCGCAUUUCUGAGGCAAGAGCAGCCAGGACCCGGAAAUUCCAAGAGCGGCUAUGUUUCCAAGAUCAGCUGAUCUGCACUUGUUUGGAGGAGAAGUUACAGAUCCAUGCAGACAUGAUUGAAAGACGUGGCAGUGAAGAAGGACCUCAAGAGGCCCAUCUUUUGAUUAGACCAGAUACUGCUGAACUUCCUCAGGCUGGGUUUUUAAUGAAUGCUGCAGUCAGGGAGGUUGAGAGCCUUCAAACUGCACUGAGAUCUCAACCAUGCAGCUUUGCUGGGCAACCAUUGGAAAAUGUGGGAGAGCCUAUGACACCAAGCAAGCUUGAAAUGUUUGGGAACUUGACCCAACAUUCACCACCAACUGUGUCACCAGACACUAAGGAUCCAGGUUCGAAUUUCUCAGUUACAGACUCUGCUACAGUACCGCCAGGAAGUGCUUGGUGUAGCCUUGACCCUCUGUUUUUGCAAGCAGACAGUGAACCCUGCCCAGCUCAGUCAGACAGCUGUACGCAAAAGAUUGUUCACAGUGUGCAGAACCUCACUCAGCUUCUAUACAGUUUACAGGCUGCAGUGACCGUCCAGGACAGUUACAUUGAAGUGCAACGCCUGGUCUUGCAGGAGCGCGAGCGAUUUGCUCAAACCCAUGGCCCCCGAGGAAAUAUGCUUCUUGAGCAGGAGAAACAGCGCAACAUGGAGAAGCAAAGGGAGGAACUGGCGAACGUGCAUAAGCUACAAAACCAGCUGCACCUCGAGCAGCAGCGCUGGCAGCAAGAGUGCGACCGUAGGCAGCGGGAGCAGGCAGCACGAGAGAGCAGGCUACAGGAACGUGAGCGUGAAUGCCAAGAGCAGACGCAGCAGCUGGGGCGAGACCGGGAAGAGCUGGAGGGCCAGUGGAAGGAAUACCAGCAAAACCUGGAGAGACUGAGGGAAGGCAUGAGAAUGCUGGAAAAAGAAAAAGAAAAGCUGGAGCUGCAACAGAGGCACCUAAAUGCCUGGAAGCACAUACGGCAGAGAAGUCUCCCAGUGAUGAUGUUACCACUGGAGACCCCUCAGGAGAAUUCUAGCCCUUUACAUUCUCUCCUUAACAUACAUUUGAGAUCAGAACGGAUCGUGGCAGCACAGCAAGCCCCCUCUCACUCUCGAACAGGAAGCCUGGGUGGCACACCACCAGACGCAGCAUCCAUUUUUGUAAAUGAGGCCGCACUCCAGUAUUCUCUGAACAACCACCAGAGACCAAACAAUGUUCAGACAUUUUCCGAGUCUCACAGGGUGGAGAGCUCCCUGGGCUCCAUUAUAAGGAAUAAUGAGAACUUGAAGCAUGAAGUUCCGGUUCAGCUUCUGAGUACAACCAAUCAGCUCCUGAAACUUACAAAUGUCCAGCAACAAAUCCCAACAAAACUAGCAAGUUUUUCCAAAGGAAACAAGGAAAAAAACAAAGCUUCCUAUGAUCCAUCCAAUUACAUAAGAGAAAAGAUUUGCACAAAAGGAGAUGAUGCUGAAAAAGCCAGUACUUCUUCAGGUCAUGUGUUAAUGGAACAUCAAAGUUUGAUUUUCCAUUCAGAUCUGAACACCAAACAACCAGCCUUGUCUGUCCAGCAACCUGCUGCAAGUAUUCUACGUCCAUGGGGUUUGCAGUCACAAGAGGAGCAGCACUUAGUUGAGGGGCCCUUGUUUAUCCCACAAGAAAGAAUACAUGGACAAGAGGAUGAGGCAGAAGAGGAAAACAUAUUUUACUUCUGAACCUCUUUCAUAAUCAGCACUUUUAAGUCAAACUGGAACAACAGACCACCUUGACCUCUUGGUUGCAUUCGGUUAAACGUUACAAGUACUGAAAUCUUGCCGUAAAUUCUUUACUAAGCCUUGUGGGUCUACAAAUGCUUAUAAACCUUGAAGUUUCAUGAAAUUUAUUACACAUUUCAGUUAGUGAUAAGAUUGAGAUACAUGAAAUAAUAUAUCAUCUGUUAUGUCAUGCCAAAUGAAGCAGUUUUAAAUCAGAAAUGACCAUAUCUAACUUGCAUUCUUUUAAUUUCAAGGACAGGUUUUGCGAUUUUUCUAAAGUAAAACACUACCCUGCUUACUCAGUGUAAACUUUGUUUCCCGGGGCACAGUGGCCUCCCUUUAUGCUGAUGUCAUUUUAUUUUAUCAAGUCUGCUGCCUGUGGUUAUUUAAGUUGUUUGGUAUGAUUUGCUAUACUUAGCCAUAUCAAAAGUUGGCUUUUGAUUUCAGUUUGGUCAUACCCUUCUUGAAUAUUGCAUAAAUAUACCUUCAGUUGUUUUCUUUUUGAGGUGUUGAUUCAGUUAACCCAACUUUUUGUGCUAUUGUACCACACACUUGGAAUGUAGCAAUGUUCCGAUGAGGAAGUACAUUAUAAUCCACCAGAUAGUUUUCACCAACACAAAUAUCUUAAUCUAUUGACAUUUUAAGAUGCUCUCUGUGAAGCCAUUCAAUAUGUUGUGGAAUUUGCCAUUCCUCUGUGUAUCCAGUGAUUUUCUGGGUAAUGUGAUUCACCUAUUCACUAUCUUCCAUAUUAAAGUAGUAAAAUCCAAAUUACUACUUUUUCACUUUUGAGUCUGAUUUGGUGAUUAUUAUUGUCCAAGUUGUACUCAAGUUAAAAACACCAGGGUAUUAAAGAAAGAUGCUACAUUUAUAAAGUCUCAUUCAUCCCCUCAGACUGUCCAAAAAGCUUUAUUGUUAGUGAAGUAGUAGGUCUCAGUUUAGCCACUGCUCUUUGAUUUUUAACAUUUUCUAUACAUGUCCUCCUCAUAGUUUAUGUAGUUCAAAGUUCACUUUGCCCUUUCGAUAGUAAUGUGAUCAGAAAUGUUUCUAACAUACCUAGUGAUAUUAUAGUACACUUCGGCUUGUUUGUUACCACUUUCUGAGACCUUUGUUUCAUUGUUCUAACUAAAGCCCUAACAACCUGCUAUUUAUUAAAAAUUCUUGCUUCUGAUUAUCUUGUGGUUUCAGAAAAUGUCCCACAAAUGCCUCCAGAUUUCCUUCCUCUGCUGUGACCUGCAGAAAAUGCUGAUUAUUUUAUACAUACUCACCUCCUCAGUGGGUCUCAUCACUUUGUCUCUAUGCAUGUUAAGUAGAAAGUACCACCUAUUGGUACAAUUUUUCAAUCUAAAAUCUUGCUUUGCAUUUGUUCUGUUAAUUAUUUGUUAUUUCUCAUCAUGUCCUUUGCUAUUCUUAAUAUCUUCCCCUUCACUCACACAUCAGGAUUUGAUGUGAUCAGCAAACUUGUGCAUGCAUUUCUAAGUAGUUUUUGUCCGUUUUGCAGACAGUAAUGGAGCAAGCACAGAUCUUGGAGCACACUGCUCGUCGCCCCCUCCCUGCUGAUGCAGCUCCAGGCACAGUGACCCUUUGUUUCUUCUGAUUCAGCCAAUUUCCACAUCACUUCAGAAAAUUGGCUGCCAUUUAGAAGAAUGUGCCCUUGAGUUUAUUAACCUUUAAAACUGCCUACAGUUGUGUUUGCAAUUCUUUGUUAAACUAUUAUUGAUAGUAAUCUCUGGUUCUGCUUAUUCUCACUUUUUUAAAAAAUGUUAUGUUUUGUUGCACUUUUUUUUCCAAAAUUACCAAUGAUGUUCAUUACAAGAGUUUGGAAUUUUAUUGGAUCGUACCUCCCCCAUUAAACCUUCAGGGUAGCCGUGUUAAUUCUGAACCUUAUGGAUCACAGUGUAAAGAGAUGCACUGAUGGCUAAGAACAGAAGUAAAAAUCCAAAAUGAUAUUCAGUUAUAUUGAAGUAUCACCUCUAUUUGUACUAUGUAUGGACUGGCUGACCAACAUGAUCACACAUUACAGUUCUGUAUUUGUUCAGCAUUUUGUUUCAAAAUCUAUUACAGGAAGUGGCUUGAUUGGACAACAGAGCAAAUUAAGUCAGUACCACUGCCCAUCUCUACCUCUAUCUUCUAAGUGUUCCUUCCUUACAACCUACCUCUUUGACCAGUGUUUGUGUCAUAUGACCAUAAGACAUAGAAGCAGAAUUAGGCCAUUCAGCCCAUCGAGUCUGCUCUGCCGUCCCAUCAGGGCUGAAUUACCAUCCCUCUCAACCCCUUUCUCCAGACUUCAUUUCUGAAAUCUUUUUAUAGGGCUUGGUUUUGUUAGGUAAUACUUGGGGAAACGUCUUGGGAUAUCUUAGCUAUGUUAAUGGUGCUACAUGAAUCAGUGUUUUAAUUAUGAAGAGCAGCUGGUCAAAAUUAAUGGAUACUUGAAGACUACAUUGGUUAAAACCACGCUUUCACUCACUGUUUGGCCUAUGAAAUGUAAAAAAAAUGGCCAUUUUGUCAUAGUGGAUGUACUAUUGCGUUUAAAUUAAACUAGUGUCAUGUAGAUAAACAAACUGAAGAGCAAUUUACAAGUGCAUCUACCCACAAGAGCUCCUUACCCAGUUUUCUAACUGGCCUUCAAACCCAAACUAUUAUUAAAUUGCCCAGGACCUUUGAAGUGAAUCCUAAUUACUUUAAGGGUUACAUGUAAAAUGUCUUGAUGCAAAAUAAUAUUAUUGAUGAAAACCAGAUUAAAUGUGCCCUUACAUAUUCUAUUUAUCUGUAACCAUUACAAUCUAAAAUAAUGCUACAUCAUAUUAAUAAUUCUUUUUAAAGUCAUGCAAAUUGGUUUUAUUACCUGAAGAACACAGCUAUACUUAUUUUGAAUUCUAGUUGCUUUCUUAAACGAGACCCUUGUACUGAAUGAUCUGGAAGUGUAUUUAGUUACAUUAAGAUGCAUCAACAAAUACAAAUACUAGACACUAACAAGAUCAAAUCCUUGAAUUUCUAAACCAGCCAACUUUAAUUUGUUUGUCUAAAGAUCAAGUAACAUCAGGUUCUAUCAUAUGUUCUUUGCCAAAAAAGGGCAAGAUAAAUAUCCAUACACAUCAGUGGUCACUGACUUUUAAGACUUCUAAGAGAUAAAAAAAAAGAAUGAAUAGCAAUCCAAGUUGAUAGUAAUCCAAUAAUAAUAGCAAAUGAUAACUUGGAAAGCUUAGUUUAGUCAGUGCAAAAUAAGCUCAGUGAGAUGCUGCCUGGCCUGCUGCAUUCACCAGCAAUUUUUUUUAUGUGUGUUGCUCAGUCUCACUGUUGUGUUCUGUACUUCCAGUCAAAAGAGAAUGUCAUUAUGAGAUUGUACUAUACGUGCCUUUCUGGAAUUGAUAGAAUAAUGGGAGAAUAGAUGGAAAUUGUGAUUGAUCUCUAGUUUAAUGUUGCUCUAGUACAAAUGUAAAGCAAGACUUUAACUUUUUGAUAUGCAGAGUCAUGGCAGCACUAUUGGUAACAUGCCUGAAGUACUAACAUCAACAUUGUAAAGGAACCUUAGUGAGCAUUUAUGACAAGAUUUAAUCAUAAGACAGAGGAGCAAAAUUAGCCCAUUUGGCUCAUCAAGUCUGCUUUGCCAUUCUUAACCAUUCUGGUUUAUUUAUUAUUCCAUUUUUGACCAUGACCAUGUUAACUCCCAGCAGAGCAAUCCUACCUGUUUAACUCCUUCUCAUAUUUUUUCAGUAAUCUUACAAUGUAAUACCCUCACACACCCCCAUUAAUUUCCUAUUUGGUCCUUUUUGCCACUUACCAAUGGUAAAGGUAAUUUACCUACUAGCGUGGUUGUGAAAGGUGGAGAGAAGCACCCAGGGGAACCCCAAAGACAUGUGAGAAAUGCAAACUCCAUGCACUCAGCAUCAACACCAGCUUCAGACAAACCCAGACUUGCAGAGUUGUGAAGCUUGUGUCUUGUACUAAUCAACUUGUGAACAUAUCACAUUACACCUAGUAUGGAUUAAUGUUAGCACAUAAAGUUCAAAAAAUAGAUUUGCACAAUGAUAACUUUGUGAAACAAUGUAUAAAUGAACUUUGUUUUCAAUCUGUAGAAAUUCAGAACUCAGAAUGUGUCAUUAAAUUUCAAGCAGUGUUCCGAUAUAUUCACCCCAAUUCAUUUCUAAGGGGAUAGAUAGCUCAUCAAAGCCAUCAACAACAAAUCUGUGGUUCAUCAAUUCAAUACACAACAAACAUAAAACUAUCCUAAAAGGGCUGUCAGCACCAUGGUGUCACAGAAUGGGUCACAAACAUUAUUUCUUGCUGAUGAUGUAAAAGUAUUUUAUAACUGGAAAUUUAAAUAUACUCAAACUCCAAAGCAAAGCCUCAUCUAGAACAUUAUUUGAAGUGACAAAUCAUCACACUUGUUCAAUUUUAGAUUGCAAUGUUAAGUGUGUACUGUUAAUGAAUCAAAGUAUGUUUUAAAGAACUAUACAUAUUUAACCAAACAAAGGCUAUUUAUACUGCUGUAUACCUAGAACUGUAAAUACUGAGGUGGAUAUAUAUUCAUUAGCUUCUAUUCCUUGCACUUUUAAUGUUUAGAAUUGUUGUUUUAUUAAAGAAAGAAAAUUGCAGAGCAUUUAUUUAAAAAAAAAUCUGAAAUGAAAUUGUGCAUCCAGUCAUACGCUUCUUGCAAAAAGGAUUAUAACGAGUGUAAUUAUUACUUCUGUAAAAAGAAUAAUGAUGAAUUUUAUAGAAUCGCCCAAAUGAACCUUGGUAA